AUUUCACACUCCUUUUGUUCAGUCGUCCAUCGGACGGUAGCCCCCCUAAAAGCCCGCUCAUGAGGAUAAUUUGAUGACACUCCCUGCCACUGGUGAUUUUUCAUUAUAGCGACUCUCCGGCAGAGACCGCGCCUGCGCUCCUGCUCCCUGCCGAACAAGGCUUCACCAAUCCUGGCUCUGGCUCCAUCCCCGGCUCGGCGUCUCACAGGCCAGUGCUAAUAAGUCUCCUAGCUGUCCAGUAAUGGGGAAGUGAUAGGGAGACGCUGCUGUCUGAAAGCCGAGAGGAAGUUGAGGAGUGAAGGGAAGCUCCGCGCCGGACCGGACAUCUCCACAGAGACACAUCUACAGUUGCUGCUGUUCAGUAGCCUAAAAAAAGCGCAUAGUGAUGGAGAGAAAGCGUCCUGGCAUGCCGUCCGGAGCGAGGAUGCCCCACCAGGGAGCUCCAAUGGGCCCCCCCGGCCCACCGUACGGGGGGAGCCCGGCGGUGCGGCCCGGCCUGCCCUCCCCGGUGAUGGAGCCCAGUCGUAAGAGGCCUGCCCCCUCCCAGCAGGUCCAGCAGCAGCAGCAGCAGCAGCAACAGCAGCAGCAGCAGCAGGCCGUCCAGAACCGGACCAGAAAGAAGCCAGUCGGAUUCCCCGGAGCCAAUGAGAUGCCGACGAGGCAGAUGGACAUGAGAGAGCCCCAAUCAGAUCCCACGCUCGGAUCAAAUGCUAAGAGAAGGAAAAUGGCAGACAAGAUUCUUCCGCAAAGGAUCCGUGAGCUGGUCCCCGAGUCUCAGGCCUAUAUGGAUCUGCUGGCGUUUGAGCGCAAACUGGACCAGACCAUCAUGCGCAAACGUGUGGACAUCCAGGAAGCACUGAAGAGACCAAUGAAGCAGCAAAAGCGUAAACUGAGACUUUACAUAUCCAACACCUUCAACCCUGCCAGACCUGACGCUGAUGACUCAGAUGGCAGCAUUGCAUCGUGGGAACUGCGAGUUGAGGGGAAGUUGCUGGAUGACCCGGGGAAGCAGAAGAAGAAGUUCUCUUCGUUCUUUAAGAGCCUGGUGAUCGAGCUGGACAAAGACCUCUACGGCCCAGACAACCACCUGGUUGAGUGGCACCGCACGCCCACCACCCAGGAGACAGACGGCUUCCAGGUGAAAAGGCCGGGAGACGUGAGCGUGCGCUGCACUCUGCUGCUGAUGCUGGACUACCAGCCUCCCCAGUUUAAGCUGGACCCUCGCCUGGCUCGCCUGCUUGGCAUUCACACUCAGACCCGCUCCUGCAUCAUCCAGGCCCUCUGGCAGUACGUCAAGACCAACAAGCUGCAGGACUCCCAUGACAAGGAGUACAUCAACUGUGACAAGUACUUCCAGCAGAUUUUUGACUGCCCUCGGCUGAAGUUCUCUGAGAUCCCUCAGCGCCUCACCAACCUCCUCUUGCCCCCUGACCCCAUCGUCAUCAACCAUGUUAUCAGCGUGGAUCCCAACGACCAGAAGAAGACGGCCUGCUACGACAUUGACGUGGAGGUGGAAGACCCCCUGAAGAGCCAGAUGAGCAGCUUCCUCCUCUCCACCGCCAACCAGCAGGAAAUCGCCUCGCUCGACAACAAGAUCCAUGAGACCAUCGAGUCCAUCAACCAGCUGAAGAUCCAGAGGGACUUCAUGCUCAGUUUCUCCAGAGAUCCCAAGGGCUACAUCCAGGACUGGCUCAAAUCCCAGAGCCGAGACCUUAAGUUAAUGACAGACGUGGUGGGGAACCCUGAAGAGGAGAGGAGGGCAGCGUUUUACCACGAGCCCUGGUCCCAGGAGGCGGUCAGCCGCUAUUUCUACUGCAAAAUCCAGCAGAGGAGACAGGAGCUGGAACAGGCCUUAGCUGUGCGCAACACCUAAACCAAGGCCCUCCUGAAUCUCUGCAUCUGAUUUCAGAGCUGUGUGUGUGUGUGUGUUUGGAUGUGUUUGAGACCAUUGCUGCAGUCUGGUGAAACCUCAUAACUCUAAAAAUGUCAGCAAUUUCAAAAAAAAAACAGCCUUUGUCUUAGUGAUGACGAAGCAAUUUUUCCAAUGUUUUAAAAUUAGAGGAGGUUUUUCCUCACGACAGCAGCGAUGUGCUUGUAUGGAAGCCCAGAUCUCAAUGCACAUAUGCGUCCACUGCGUAUUUGUUCCGUUUUGUGCAGGACUGUGAGGACAUCAUCAUUAACCGCAUAUAUUCACCCCCAGAGGUCAAGCCCUCAGACCACAGGCAUCCUCAGACUCACUGCCUAAUAAAGACAACUUCCUCUUCAUCCUCUACUCUCUGCUUUGUAAAUUUGUCACAAAUACAUCAAGAUAAACUCUGAGCCGGCUGCACACACGCCGCUGUGUUUUUGGAUUCUCAUCUAAAAGUGUUUGAGGCUGUGUCCGACAGAAAUGUAAGCCGCUGUAAGUCGAUCCUCACAGCGCUCUGGAUGAGUCUUCAUAUUUUACGUUUUACAACUCUUUUUGAAACUGUUUAUUUUUUGGGGUGCGAUUGUAAGUGUGACUGUGUUUUCAUUUGUUCUCAUUAGGAGAAAGAUUGAUUAAUUACACCAGCAAAGCCGAGAUUACAGUGUGACACAUCGGGUUGCAGGGAGUCAAUGUUAUCUUUAAACCUGAGGUGUGGAUUUCAUUCAUUUUCAGGUUUGAGUGAAUUAAUUGGAAAAACCUCCAAUGUGUCUCAUUUUAGUCUCAUUCGCCAGUAAACAAACUUGUUUUCUUUUUACACUAAUUCCUACAACAGUAUUAGUUAACUGAACUAAAGUAUUAUCACAUUAACAGCUCCGUGUCUGUUUAUAGCAAGAAUAGUGUUUUAAUGAAGGAGAAACGAGUAUUGCUCAUCAUAAUAAUUGCUUUUUUCUUCCCUUAAUCAUAGCAAAAUGAUAAAUAUACCUGUACAUGUUGGGACUCAGCCUCUUCCUUGUAUAGUAUAUUGCCAGUUAGUCCUGAAGGUGUUACCAAAGGUUGCAACAAGAAGAAGAGAACAUGAUCACUGAAAUAUAAGUGGGGGAAAACAUCCUCACCUGGGUUUAACAGAAAUUGGAAAAAUGUCCUUGUCUUAACAAAUCUGAACAAUUUGGGUAGUUUCAGAGAUAACUUACUCCCAAAUGUUUGUAUUUUGUAGCCAAUUAGACCUCAAGUUUGUAAACAAACCCUAAAACUGUUAUUGCAGUGAACACUUAAGCCCAGGUCUGGAGAAUGUUGUCCAUUUCUACACUUUGUAUGUUACAUGAAGAAGAAAAAUGAAUUCUUUUCUAGAGAUGUGAAUGUAAAUAUGUUUUUUUUUUUCUCCCUUAACAGGGCCACCUGUACAGUAUACGACAGUCUAUCUGUGUGUGUUUGUUUUUUUUUGGGGGGGGGGUUACAUGGUGCAGUAUGUGAGCUUCAUGAGUUUUGAAUUAGUAGGGCAGGAAUGUUAGUGUUCCUCUGUGUACUAUGUUGGGUUGGGGUGGUUUAUUUUAGGUCCAUCCCGUAACUAUCGUGGGAGCUAGAAGCUGCAACAAAGAAAGAUCUCCCUCACUUUCAAUCUCAGUCACUGUAACACACGAUAUAAUCUGCACCAAUCUCAUUUUACACUUUUUUUUUUUUUAAAUGACACUUGACUUGUAUGUAUAUGUUGUAAUGUCAGAUGGAGGCUUUUUUCUUCUUCUCAGCAGUCAGUUUCUAGCUGGAACCUUUUUCUGGGUUUCUUUGCACUGUGCUGUAAUUCUUUGUCGGGACCCUCUUCGUCAUGGGUGAGACCCUCUGUUAUUAUCCCAGCAUACACAAGAAGUGACUGGAUGAUUUCACGAUGACCUAUGCAUGCUCCAUGGACAUUAAUUAAUACAUCUGAUGAGACCGUAUGUGUAAAUAUAAAGAGCUGGCAUAGCAGUCUGUGUGACAAGCAACAGACUUGUUAAAAUGCCUUCUGGAAACUUUUUUGCCAAAAAUGAUAAGCCCUACCAGCAACUAACUGUAGGUGUGAUUUUUCUGAACUGUGUUUUUGUUACUAAGUUAUAUUAACUGCACUCAUUAGAGGAGAAACAGUAGUCAUUGGUAGUAUCUUAGUCCUGUGUCUGACCUGGAGUGAUUUGUCUUUGUAUGGCCGGGGCAUUCACAUUGUUGUCAUACAGUCACUGAUUCACUAGCACCCUCUUGUGGAGGAAACUAGAAGCUGCAACUCCUGGGUGACCUCAGCUUUGAGCACCACAGUAUCAGAAUAUCUGACAAAAUGUAAACAGACUACUGUGUCUCCUGUUACUAAACAUACUGUUGACAUGUUUGUCCCACCCACCUGCAUGUGUUUUAAAGAGUGGGAACUGCUCGUUCUCUCUGUUUACACUGUUGUCAGUGCGUCACCAACAGGGAGGUAAUAGUAUACAUAAUACUGUAUAUCUGUAAAGAGCAAACUCGUUUGGUGAUUUCAUUCUACAAAAAAGGGAAAACAGCUGUGACAUUUGUGAGACAGCCUGGAUGUAAAUAAAGAAGCGCUUGCCAAAGUUUGUAAAUGCUA